AUGUCAACCAACGAAAUAUUUGAAGGAUGGCUUGGCUUGGAUUGCCGAGCCACAGAGGGGAAGAUGGUUUGGUGGGAAUUUGAACCGAAGCAAUGGGAAGAGACGGAUGUUGAUAUUCGGAUUACACAUUGUGGCGUGUGCGGCUCGGAUACGCAUACUCUCCGAAGUGGUUGGGUGAGUGGUCUCUUUCCCUCAAAAAAAGGAAGAACAAUGGAAGAGACCGCUGACAUGAUUAUAAUCCAAAGGGUUCGACAAACUUCCCCUGCUGUGGUGAUUGGCCAUGAGAUCGUCGGUAUGGCAGUUCGAGUUGGUUCCAAGGCUAUUGGAGAUAUUCAAGUCGGGGACCGUGUUGGUGUUGGCGCCCAAAGCGACGCUUGUCUGUCUCGAGUAGAGAGCUGCGAGGAGUGCAACACAGGGCAGGAAAAGUACUGUACUAAGAACUGGACUGGAACUUACAAUGGUGUCUUCAUGAACGGCGAGAAGUCAUACGGUGGAUACGCCUUGUAUAACCGCUGCCCUUCCCACUUCGUCAUCAAGAUUCCGGAUGGGUUAUCUUCCGCUGCUGCUGCCCCAAUGCUGUGCGCCGGUAUUACGACUUUCACUCCGCUGAAAAAGCACGGAUGCGGCCCGGGAAAAAGAGUCGGCGUCAUCGGAGUAGGAGGGCUGGGUCACUUUGCCCUCUUGUUUGCCAAAGCUUUAGGUGCCGACCAAGUGGUUGCCAUCUCUCGUGGCUCCAAUAAAAAAGAAGAUGCAAUGAAGAUGGGGGCAGACCUUUACAUCUCGACUCAAGAGGAAAUGGGCUGGAGCAAAUCCAACGCGGCGACCUUGGAUUUGAUUAUCUCGACGGUGGAUUCCCCGAAGGUACGUUGGAAUCUCGCAAAAGAUCUGAUCCGCAAACUAAUUCGUGAUAUCAAGAUGCCCCUUGCGGAUUAUUUCACCCUUCUGAAGGCAAACGGAGUUUUCGUCCAGCUCGGCGUACCUGACGGUGGAAUGCUACCAGUCCCCAUCCCAGCGCUCAUUCACCGCGGUAUUACGCUUGCAGGUUCUCUCAUCGGAUCACCUCAUGAAAUUCGGGAUAUGUUGCAGCUGGCUGCCGAAAAGAAUAUUCAACCGUGGAUUGAAGAACGUCCAAUGGAGGACGCAAACCAGGUCAUCAUUGACAUGGAAGAGGGUAAAGCUCGCUAUCGUUAUGUGCUGGUAAAUGAGCAGUGA